GUGCCGUCCGGGCCGGUCACGUGGGCGAGAAGAUGGCGCCUCCCGGAGCGCGCUGCGAGCGUCGCGGUUGGUGAGACGCGGGUGGCGGCGGAGGGAGCGGGCGGGCUCGGCGUUCCUUGUCUUCCGGAGGAUCGCUCGGGCGUUCUGGCAGCAGAGAGCGCGGGGGAGGGAACCUGCGAGCAGCCCCGAGGGAAUCCCUUCCUGGAGGAGCGUUGAUUACCAGGUAUCUUUUCGUUGGGAAUUCUUGGUUUAGGUUCUUGUGCCCCACGGUCCCCAGCUUCGGCCCCCGGCGGGGCUGCGGAGGAAGGCGGUGGCGCCAUGGUGACCGAGCAGGAGGUGGAGGCGGUGGGGCGCACGCUGGUGGACCCCCAGCAGCCCUUGCAGGCCCGCUUCAGGGCGCUCUUCACCCUUCGCGGGCUCGGCGGCCCGGGCGCCAUCACCUGGAUCAGCCAGGCCUUCGGCGACGACUCCGCCCUGCUCAAGCACGAGCUGGCCUACUGCCUGGGCCAGAUGCAGGACUCCCGGGCCAUCCCCGUGCUCCUGGACGUGCUGCGUGACACCCGCCAGGAGCCCAUGGUGCGCCACGAGGCCGGGGAGGCCCUGGGGGCCAUCGGGAACCCGGAAGUUCUGGAGGUCCUGAAACAGUACUCCACCGACCCCGUCAUCGAGGUGGCCGAGACGUGCCAACUGGCUGUCAGGCGGCUGGAGUGGCUGCAGCAGCACAGCGGGGAGCCCGCGGUGGCAGGGCCCUACCUCUCGGUGGACCCGGCCCCUCCCGCUGAGGAGCGCGACGUGGGGCGGCUGCGGGAGGUGCUGCUGGACGAAGGCCAGCCACUCUUUGACCGGUACCGCGCCAUGUUCGCCCUGCGCGACGCCGGCGGCGAGGAGGCUGCCCUUGCGCUGGCGGAGGGCCUGCGCUGUGGCGGCGCCCUCUUCCGCCACGAGAUCGGCUAUGUCCUGGGCCAGCUGCAGCACGAGGCGGCCGUGCCCCAGCUGGCGGCGACCCUGGCCCGGCCAACCGAGAGCCCCAUGGUGCGGCACGAGUGCGCGGAGGCCCUGGGAGCCAUCGCCCGGCCCGCCUGCCUGGCCGCCCUGCGGGCCCACGCGGCCGACCCCGAGCGCGUGGUGCGGGAGAGCUGCGAGGUGGCCCUGGACAUGUACGACUACGAGACGGGGCCGGCCUUCCAGUACGCGGACGGGCUGGAGCAGCUGCGCACGGCGCCCGCCUAGAGCCGCCGGCCCGCAGCCUCCCUCCCCUGCGGGGCCCUGGGACUCCACACCGCGGCUGCGUAUAAACCGAGCUCGUGUGGGUGGGAUCUGGCUCCCCGU